UGACGGAAACCGGAUGUAGCGCAGCGAGGAAGCUGAAGUUUUGAACGGUUUUGAGCGGCGAAAUCACUGCCUGAGCUCAAGGCACCAUGAGCAAAUAUGAGGACUCCUGGGAGAGGCUGGACUCAGAGUUUGACCAUUUCUUACUGGACAUGAAACCAUAUGUCCUUAAACACACUAACAAGACAGAGCGCCAGCUGUGUGCGAUAUGGAUAAAGAAGCUGUGUGACCCAGCCUCGUACGGCUCAAGCCUAACAGGUUGUAAAAACCGCAACAUGUAUGCCCGCCUGCUUCUCCACAUGCUCAAAAGAGGGGUCCUGGAAAGCCCUUUCACCAGCAAACCAGAGCCAGGCAGCCUCAAGACACUUCCUACCUACAUGUCCAUCUACUUUGACGAGCCCCUGAGUGGACGGGGUAUUGAGCAGAGCAAUGCAGCUUUGCCUGACUGGGUGACUGGAGAGCUAGGUGGCCAUGCUGAUGACAGCUUUGGUCUACUUAAGGACCGAAGCUACUCUUCACCUCCUGCGGCUCAUCUCAGGAGGAGGCUAUAUGACGGGAAGUCCCCUUCUCGACCCAUGGCCUCCAGUCCAAUCAAACGUUCCUGCCAGGACGACGUCAGAAUGAUUGAGGGGGAAAUGAAGUCACAAGUGUGUCCUGAUGACACUGACCUUGAGGGUCGUCUCAACAGCUGGAACCUUGGGAUUGAAAACCCCAGGUAUUUGCGAGAGAAGCCCAUUCCCCUUUCCCCGAUUUUCAAGUCAAACCUUGGAAGGAAUAGCACCUUGGCUGAUGAGCAAGGCCCACUGCUCAUACAGAGCAAGGAGAUUGAAAUGAAGAUCAAAGUUCUAGAGGCCAAACACCAAGAGGAGAAACUGAAGAUUCAGCAGAGGCAUGAUGCAGACGUCCAGAAAAUUCUGGACAGAAAGAAUGGUGAGAUUGAGGAGCUGAAGAGCAUGCAUCGGAGCAAGCAGAAAGCGUCAGAGGAGACCAUCCAUAAACUGGAGAAGAAAGUUCAAAGCAUGUUGCGGGAAUCCCAGGUCAUCUGUGAGAGCAAAGAGAAGCAGAUCGCUGAGCUGAAGAAGAUGUUGGAUCAGAGCGCCGACUGCCUAAAAAAUGAGUGGGAGAAGAAGUUACAUGCUGCAGUGGCAGGAAUCGAGCAGGAGAAGUUUGAACUACAGAAGAAACACACAGAAAACAUCCAGGAACUGCUGGAGGACACCAACCAUAGGCUGGCUAAGAUGGAGGCUGAGUAUAACGCUCGAACACAAGCCACUGAGCAAACUGUGCAUGAGCUGGAGCUGCGAGUGAAGCAGCACUCUGUGGAGGUGGAGAGGGGCAACACGCUGCGUCAGAAAGUGACCCAAGAGAAGGCCCAGCUGGAGAUCCACAUUGCAUCCAUCAGUGCUGAGCUGCAGGAGGCCAACAAACGGAUCAUGUCCCUGAUUAAGGAGAAGGAGCAGCAGAGCGAGCAGCAUGAGCAGACUUUGCAGAGGCUCCAAGCCAAACAUGAGACGGACAUAAGCCACUUCCAACAGGAGCAUGCUCUCUCUGCUGCUAAGGCCUCUGAGGUGAUAGAGGACCUGGAGCAGACUGUCGCUCAUCUCAAACAGCAGUUCCAGGACAGUGAACACAGAAGACAGAAACAGCUCAAGGACCAAGAGUUAAAGUUUCAGCAGGAAAAAGAUGAAGUGCAGAUCAACUGUGAAAAAAAGGUUUUGGCCGUCCACAGUGAAGCAGAGAAAGAGAGAACAGAAGCCAAGAAGAAGAUAGCUAAACUAGAAGAAGUGAUCAGGGAGAUGGAGGGCCAGCUGGACAGAGCCAGGGAGAGCCAGAGGCAGCAAAUCCAGCAGGCUGACAUUGCUCUGGAGCAGUUCAAGAAACAAGUGGAGCUCAGCUCUGAGAAAGCCUAUGCUGAUAUGAAACUCCAGAUGGAGAGGGUGGAGGAGGACCUGAUCCGCUCCAAGUCACUCCGAGAGAAUCAGGCCAAAGAGUUUUCCCAACAACUUGAUGCACUGAGACAGAAAUAUGAGCAGCAGAUGGCUGAGCAGCGCAUGCAGCAGGAGCAGGAGAGGACGCGGCUGCAGCAGCAGCACAACGCGGAGAAGGACAGCCUGGUCCAGGAGCGCCAGCGGGAGUUGAGCAGCCUGGAGAGGCAGGCCAGGGCCGCCCUACAACAGCACCAGCAGCACACCCAGGAGUGGAGGAAGCGCGAUGCCCAGACCAUUUCAAACUUGGAGGAUCAGGUGGCUAGCCUGCGCGAGGAGCUCCAGGCAGCCUACGCCCAGCGGAAGGAGCAACUGGCUGAGAUAUCACUGCUCCGGGACGAGGAGAAGCAAAGGGCUGCCCUGGACCAGGAGGCGUCCCUGGCCCGUCUCCGCACUGAGAUGGAGCGCAUCCGCGGUGACCUGGAAAGAAGCCACCAGCUAGAGAAGGAGGCCGCUCAGGAGAAGACCAACAGCAGGUUGAAGCAGAUUGAGAAGGAGUACAGUCAGAAGCUUGCCAAGUCUGCCAAGCUAAUUGCGGAGCUGCAGGCCUCAAUGUGCGACUCCAAGGAGGAGGUUGUGCGUUUGCAGCAGGCGAUGGAGAGGCAGCUGGAGGAGGCCAACGCUCGCUGGGACCAGGAGAGGAGGACUGUGAUGCAACAGGCUGAUCAGGCCAAUAAGGCUCUGCAGGAGAAGGUGGAACGUCUACAGAGGCAGCUGCACUGCUCGGAGAAGAAGCUGCUGAGCAAAGAGCUGGAGACUGACGAGCAGGUGACUGCGGUGCGUCAGGAGUACGAGGAGAAGAUCAAAGGCUUGAUGCCAGCCGAACUCAGACAGGAGCUGGAGGACACCAUCACCUCUCUCAAAGCUCAGGUUAAUUUCCUCCAGAAGAGAGCGUCUUUGCUGCAGGAGGACCUGGAUGCCUGUCGCAGCAGGAGGUGACCAUGGAAGUACUAAAGCUGCACCUUACACUGGGACAUGAAGGAUAAGACGUCCAUUCAGAUGUGAGCAUUUCUGACUGGGUAUUUCAUACACCUGUCAUGUCGUCGGACCAGUCAUUUUAUUUUUUUAGUUUUAUGUGCUGUUGUCUGUCAUGACUUUUAGCAAUGAAAACACUAUUUAUUCAUUGUCAUUUUAAUUUGUUCUGUUGGAAAAUGAAACUUUGUUUUAAUGUUCAAAGCAGUUUUUUUUUUUUACAUUGUUCCAUUUGAUAUGUGAGACAAGUCAUUUAUCAAGUGUCAAGUCCACACCAAGAGGCACCAUUUCAAUAAAAGUCUUGAUGUAUAUUUUUUCUUUGU